GUCGCGGAGCGGAAGAAGCACAGAGAUGAUGAAGUAUCUUGCAAAUCAGAGGGGAAAUCAGACAACUUUUCUAAAUCGUCACCACCUGAAACACCGAAAUCCAGAUCUGCAGAGGUCGAACGCAAAACGUCUCCAUUGUUGACGAUUUUCAACAUGUUUUACGAGGCAACCCCGCUUUCCGAGAAGAAGACACUAAAACCAUCGGCCAAAAAGCACCGUUACUCGGCGUUGACGGUCAAGGAUGCAUCUAAGUUGAUUGAGUCGCUGAAUGCACACAAGGUCACUGCAGAGUCCUCGCAUACGUCUCAUUUAACCGAGCGCGUUAGCGAGUCAUCAGAGGAGAAGAAGGAAGAAUUCAGAAUUUUACUGAGUGGGUUUGCUGUGGCGGAAUCUGUGAAUAAGCCUGGUUUGCGUCGAUCUAAGAAGUCGGUUGCGAUAGGCAGGUUAAAGAGAGCAUAUGAAAUGGAAGACGUUCAUUUUUGUGAGUUCCCUUGGAAUUCUAACGACUCUUUUGGUCUUUUUUGUGUAUUUGAUGGACACUCGGGAAAAGAAUGCGCGCUUGCGGCUAGGCGUUUGAUACCGGAGUACUUAUCUAGACACCUUGAAGGUGUGAAUUUGAAUGUUGGGGACGACGGUCAAGUAGGCUCUGCACAUUCGCUGAAAGAGGUGUUUGAGGCGGUAUUUUUGGAAGUGGAUCAAGAACUCUGUGAUUACGAGUACGAAGGAACGACAUGUACAGUUGUGUUUUUGUGGAGGAAUUCAGAAGGGAGGAGGUUUGUACAAGCGGCGAACGUGGGUGAUUCGACAGCUUUAUUGAUAAGAAAUGAAGUGGCGAUUCCGUUGACAGAGAAGCACCACUUAAAUGUGGAUUCUGAGUUUAACAGAGUUCGAAUGUCGGGCGUGAAUAUACAUCAAGGUCAGACGAGGUUGAAUGGAUUGGCUGUUUCUAGGGCGUUAGGAGACCAUUUUCCGAAGAGUGUUCAAUGUGGCAUCAUUGCAUUACCUAGCGUGAGUCCCGUGUUCGAGUUGAGUGAUGUGGAUUCUUUUUUGAUUUUGGCUACAGAUGGUCUUUGGGACGUGAUUUGUCAUCAAAGGUCGUACGAGAUUAUAAAAAACGAGACGUCUCCUAAAGAGAUGUCUGAAUUGCUUUUGGUAACAGCGCUGAAUUCGGUUGAUUGUACAGACAACGUGACCACAGUGGUGGUCAAGCUUUGAAGGCUGGUCCGCCGAGAGAGGAUUGGAAAGCGUGACAAAAAAACA